GUGUUCUGGUGACGCCUGUGUUUUAUUGAGGAUCAUUAACUGACGUUAAAGUGAAAGUAAACCAGGAGGAAAAUCAGGAGCACGUUUGAUUCUCACUCAGUUUCGUCUGCUUUUAUGAAUUAUAUUCGAAUGUGCUGAAUGUGUCUAUUGGCUCAAAUUCAUCAUAAUUAACACUGUGAUUUAACGGACGAGUCUUCGGUGUCUCUGAAAUGUUGCCGAUUAUUUUUAUCAUCGCUUUACUGGUGAAUCUCCUCAUAGAGACUACAGAGUCGUUCACUGUUGUGGUUCCUCGUGAUCAGACAGUGGCUCGUGUCGGGUCCACAGUCACUCUGCCCUGCUGGAUCUCUCCUCCUGAGAACGCUGAAGUUCUGGAGAUCCGCUGGUACCGUCAGGAGUUCAGCAACCCGGUUCUCCUCUAUCAGAAUGGGAAGAUCAUCCAGGAGGAAUCGUUCAGGAACCGAAGCUCACUGACUCUGCGCUCGGAUCAGUCUGGUGGACUGAAGGAUGGAGACGUCUCUCUACGGCUGGAGAAACUCACAGUUCAGGAUGAAGGUUCAUUUCGCUGUUAUGUCAGUGGAGAAAGUGUGUAUGACAGCAGAGAGUUGGUUCUCAAAGUCAUUGCUUUAGGAUCCGCUCCUGUCCUGUUUCCGCAGCCUCUGGAUGAUGGACGAGUGAACAUCAGCUGUAAGUCCAGCGGCUGGUAUCCAGAGCCGGACGUCUCCUGGACGUCAGAUGAGCGAACGGUUCUCCGUCCUGGAGGAGUGUCUCGCAGUCGUGGAGCCGAUGAGAUGUUCUCUGUCCACAGCUGGACGGCCGUCUCUCACUCGGACGCUCAACUGGUCUCAUGCUCAAUAUCUCUCAAGACUGGAGAGCUCAGAGAAGGAAGAUUGAGCAUAAAAGCCAUCAUCUCUUCAGAUCCACCAGAUUCAUCAGAUCCAUGGAUGGCUCUUUUCAUCAUCGCCUUCAUCUGUGUUCUGGGCUUGAUUGGGUUUAUCCUGUACAAAUACAGACAUAAACUAACAGGGAAGAAAGCCGUUAAAAAAGUUUGUGACGAUGAAACUAUGGAGAGUCUGACAAAAGUUCGUGACGAUGAAUCUAUGGAGAGAGGGACAAAAGAAGAUGCGGGCAGUUCUUCAUCGUGUGCUGGGGCUGCUGCUCCACAUGUCCAUUCACAGCCAUCAGAGAGGAAGAAAACCAUUAAAAAAGUUUGUGACGAUGAAACUAUGGAGAGUCUGACAAAAGUUCGUGACGAUGAAUCUAUGGAGAGAGGGACAAAAGAAGCAGUGAAAGACACAAAUACGGAAGAACAGAAGAAAGAUACAGUAGGUGAACAAGACUCAUCAAACCAAGAAGAGAAACCCACAGGAUUGAGUCCUGACCAGACUAGUCCUUCAGCAGAUGAGGGCAGUUCUUCAUCGUGUGCUGGGGCUGCUGCUCCACAUGUCCAUUCACAGCCAUCAGAGAGGAAGAAAACCAUUGAAAAAGUUUGUGACGAUGAAACUAUGGAGAGUCUGACAAAAGUUCGUGAUGAUGAAUCUAUGGAGAGAGAGACAAAAGAAGCUGUGAAAGACACAAAUACGGAAGAACAGAAGAAAGAUACAGUAGGUGAACAAGACUCAUCAAACCAAGAAGAGAAACCCACAGGAUUGAGUCCUGACCAGACUAGUCCUUCAGCAGAUGCGGGCAGUUCUUCAUCGUGUGCUGGGGCUGCUGCUCCACAUGUCCAUUCACAGCCAUCAGAGAGGAAGAAAACCAUUAAAAAAAUUUGUGAAGAUGAAACUAUGGAGAGUCUGACAAAAGUUCGUGAUGAUGAAUCUAUGGAGAGAGAGACAAAAGAAGCAGUGAAAGACACAAAUACGGAAGAACAGAAGAAAGAUACAGUAGGUGAACACGACUCAUCAAACCAAGAAGAGAAACCCACAGGAUUGAGUCCUGACCAGACUAGUCCUUCAGCAGAUGCGGGCAGUUCUUCAUGGUGUGCUGGGGCUGCUGCUCCACAUGUCCAUUCACAGCCAUCAGAGAGUGUGGGAGACACAAAUAUAGCAGAACUGAGGAAACAUGCAGUUGAGAUCACUAUUGAUCCUAAGUGUUCACAUCCAGGUCUGAAGGUUUAUCCAGACCGUAAAACAGUGAGAGACGCUCCAGAUUAUAAACACACUGGAAAAGGAUUUCCAUAUGAAUUAUGUGCAGUUGGAGCUCAAAGAUUUAGAUCUGAGCGUCGCUAUUGGGAGGUAGAUUUGGCACUAGAAGAUAAACCUCCUAAAAACUACUGGUUAAUUGGUGUGACGAAACAUGCAAAUGUUCGUGCAAAAGACAGAUCUGCUGUAACUCCAUCAAACGGGUACUGGUUCUUGUGUUCAGACGGUCCUAAUGGCUUUUACACCAGCUCUGAUCCACCAGUUUCUCUCUCACUGACGCCGAGACCCGAACGACUGGGAGUUCUGUUAGAUUAUGGUGAAGGUCAGCUGUCAUUUUACAAUGUCAAAGAGAGGAAACAUGUGCUGACCAUGAACAUCAGAUUCCCUGAAUCAGUCAGUCCGCUGUUUAAUCCAGGGGUCGGAGAUCAGAGUUCACUUAUGAUUCUGGAUUGUCCAGAACCUGUAGAAACACCUGCAGAGUCCAGUGACCCUUUACUGAGGAACAGCUCAGACGCCUGACUGACCAAUCCUGUGUGUUCAGGCCGAAUGAAGCUCGUGCAGAUUCAGACACAGAUGCUUCUCCCUCUUUCCCAUCGUUACACAUCAGAGUCGAUCAGAGGACGAACAUGAGACGACUGAAGGAAAAUGCUAUAAAACCCAAAUGGGUGGAAAUAUGGAUGAGGAAAGUGUCGGUUCUCAGCAGCAUCUCGACUGAAGUCUAAACUUGUAUAUUAUGAAUAUUGGCUCUUAUACGACAAACUGCUCGUUCUUCAUUUGUAAGUCACUGAUAAAAGCCUCUGAUUAUGAAUGUUAAUCCAAAUCUUCAGCCUUACAGGAGGAACAAGACUUAAAGGGUCUCAAAAUGCUCAAAAAUAUGAUUUACUUUUUACUGUAUUUUGAUGGAGAAACAUGAUGUCUAAAA